AGAGCAGUGUUCAGAUGGAUGGCGGAUCCAGAAGAUCGAGAUGCAGUGUUAGCAAAUGUAGCGAUGAAACAAUCAAACACAGAUUACGCCGUGUUCGUUGAACUUACUUGCAUCUGUUCUCCUCAUGAACUUUUAGCUGCCAAGGGUGGUUACCAUGCUCGUUACAAGCAUUCCAUUGAAGAAGACUUGUCCACCUAUCUCUCUGGCGAUCUUCGCAAGUUUUUGGUUGCAUUAGUGGGCAUAUAUAGGUAUGAUGGUCAAGAGAUAGACGCAAGAUUGGCUAAAUCAGAGGCUCAUAUUCUUCACAAUUGUAUCAACGAGAAGGCUUUUAAUCAUGAGGAGGUCAUUAGAAUUUUGACUACAAGGAGCAAGGCUCAACUCUUGGCUACUUUCAACCGCUACAAAGAUGAGUAUGGUGCUUCCAUCACUAAGCAUUUUGUGAAUGAUUCAGAUGAUCAAUACUUAGCUGCAGUACGCGCAACCAUCCGAUGCAUAAUCGACCCACUAAAGUACUAUGAGAAGGUGGUGCGCAAUGCACUCAGUAAGCCAGGGACAGAUGAAGAAACACUGACUAGGGUGAUUGUUACAAGAGCUGAGAAGGACUUGAAGGACAUCAAAGAGCUUUAUUACAAGAGGAACAGUGUCACUCUUGAUCAUGCUGUUUCCAAGGAAACUUCUGGGGAUUACAAGGCUUUCCUUCUUACUUUGCUAGGAAAGGAAAUCUAAAUUUAAUAUUAAAAGUCUACUUGCACAUAAAUGGACUACAGAAAGUUUCACAUAUGAGAGACAAGGGAGACCUCAUGGUGGGGCUUCACCUAUUCUCUAUUAUGUAAAACUUUAUGCGUUUUAUUUAUGUGUAUGCAGAUGAGGUGAAUUAAAAGUUCUUCGAUAAGGAUUUUGGUUUUCAUAUGAACUAUUAUGGGUGAUUUUUGGUUUGCUUUUGAUGUUGAAAAACCUUACAUGGUUUGUUGUGUUGUGUUAGAUUCCUGGUUUGUUGUGUUAUGACAUUGCGCUUUUUAUCUUAUGACAUUUCAGUUUGUUUUGUUGAA